AUGGGUCUGGAUGGACUUCAACAAGAUUAUAUCAGAAAAGCUGAAUACCCUUUUAGUUCUGAGCAAAAGUGGAUGGCUGUUAAGUGUGUGCAUCGAACUCAGCAGGACAGACCGGAGGUUUGUUUUAUGAAGGGUGCCUAUGAACAGGUGAUUAAGUACUGCACUACAUACCUCAGCAAAGGGCAGAACCUGGCACUUACCCAGCAGCAGAGAGAGCUGUACCAACAAGAGAAGGUACGCAUGGGCUCAGCAGGACUCAGAGUUCUUGCUUUGGCUUCUGGUCCUGAGCUGGGUCAGCUGACAUUCCUUGGCUUGGUGGGAAUCAUCGAUCCUCCUAGAACUGGUGUGAAGGAAGCCGUUACAACACUCAUUGCCUCAGGAGUGUCGAUAAAAAUGAUCACUGGAGACUCACAGGAGACUGCGGUUGCAAUCGCCAGUCGCUUGGGAUUGUAUUCUAAAACUUCCCAGUCGGUCUCAGGAGAAGAAAUUGAUGCUAUGGAGGUCCAGCAGCUCUCACAGAUUGUGCCAAAGGUAGCCAUGUGA